UCUCGCCGUAGUGACGCGUUCAGACCCGGAAGUGAAGAGUGCACGUUGCCGUGUGAAGAGCAAGAGGCGAGGAUCUGCUUGGAUCGGUUUAGCUCGGUUUGGCUCGGUUCGGACCGGGUUUAGUUCUGUGUUUUUGGGGUUUAGUGUCGGGUCUCUGUCGGUGUGUUACGUCAUGUCGGCGGUGGGCUGUGUACCUGGACAGUUUGAUGACGUAGAGGAGGACAGCGUCCAAUCAGAGAGUCGGAUCAGUGAUGAUGUCACUGUGCAGGUGCCAUCAGACCGACAGGAAGAGGAAGAGGAGGAGGAGUAUUAUGAUGAAGAAGAUGAUGAUGAUGAUGAUGAUGAUGAGGAGUGGGCGUGGCGUUCAGCCGGAGAUCUGACCAAACGCUACAACAAUCUGAGCUGUCAGUCCAACAGACAGAAUCCGUCCAAUAAGAUGCUGCCAUCGGCUCCAUCGGACAAAUCUCUGAGGAAGUACGAACACAAGAUCAACCUGGACAAGCUGAACUACGCCGACUCGGUGAUCAACAAGGUGAAGUCGAUGCAGAAACAGAAAGACGCCGACACGUUCAGAGUGAAGGACAAGUCGGACCGCGCCACAGUGGAACAGGUUUUAGAUCCUCGGACCAGAAUGAUUCUCUUCAAGAUGUUGAGUCGAGGCGUCAUCUGUGAAAUCAACGGCUGCAUCAGCACCGGCAAGGAGGCCAACGUGUACCACGCCGGGACGGCGGCUGGCGAGAGCCGAGCCAUCAAGAUCUACAAGACGUCCAUCCUGCUGUUCAAAGACAGAGACAAAUAUGUUAGUGGAGAGUUCAGGUUCCGUCACGGUUACUGUAAAGGAAACCCGAGGAAGAUGGUGAGAACCUGGGCCGAGAAGGAGAUGAGGAACCUCAUCAGGCUGCAGACGGCAGGAAUCCCGAGUCCAGAACCUCUGCUGCUCCGGAGUCACGUUCUGCUGAUGAGCUUCAUCGGAAAAGACAACAUGCCGGCGCCGCUGCUGAAGAACGCCUCGCUGUCGGAGUCCAAGGCCCGCGAGCUCUACCUGCAGGUUCUACAGAACAUGAGGAGGAUGUUCCAGGACGCUCGGCUGGUCCACGCAGACCUCAGCGAGUUCAACAUGCUAUAUCACAACGGAGACGCUUACAUCAUCGACGUGUCGGUCGGUUGAACGCGACCAUCGCCGCGCUCGAGUUCCUCAGGGAAGGACUGCGCAGCGAUCGUCAAGUUCUUUGUGAAGCGUGGCGUGGCGGUGAUGACGGUCAGAGAGCUGUUUGACUUCAUCACAGACCCGUCCAUCACCUGCCACAACAUGGACCAGUACCUGACCAAGGUGAUGAUGAUAGCAGCUGAUAGUGCGUCAGAGCAGCGUACAGAUCAGGACCGAGUGGACGACGAGGUGUUUAAGAAGGCCUACAUCCCUAGCACCCUGACCGAGGUCAGUCACUACGAGAGAGACGUGGACCUGAUGAAGACCAAAGAGGAGGAGUCAGCUAUCAGCGGUCACCAUGACAACGUUCUGUACCAGACGCUGACCGGACUGAAGAAGGAUUUAUCUGGAGUCCAAACGGUUCCUGCUCUGCUGGAGGACGAUCAGUCUUCCUCCUCAGAGGAAGAGGAGGAGGAAGAGGAAGGAGAGAAAGAUGAAGAAGAGGAGGAUGAGGAGGAGCAGACUGAAGAAUCUCAGCUGGACAAAAAGGAGAAGAAGAAGAUGGUGAAAGAAGCUCAGAGAGAGAAGAGAAAAACGAAAGUACCCAAACACGUGAAGAAGAGGAAAGAGAGGGUGUCCAAGAUGAAGAAAGGCAAAUGAGGACUUCCUGUUUGUCUCUAAGGACUUCCUGUCUGUCUCUAAGGACUUCCUGUUUGAACUCAUUCUCAUCAAACAGAAACAAACAAAUGUUUUGAGUUUGCCGAGAAACUUUUAAU